AUGGCGGUCCUGAUCCUCCAAUCUCCUCUCCAAUUAUGCCUCUUCGCCAUCAUACUCUCAUUCGUGUACAUAGUCUCUUUCCUCUUCUACAAUCUUUUCCUUCAUCCCCUUCGUAAGUUUCCCGGCCCAAUUUACAAUAGAGCCAGCGUAAUUUCGAAGCUCUACUUCCUUUCCAGAGGCAAACUUAUCUACCACAUUGAGGAUCUCCACAAGCGUUAUGGCCCGGUAGUAAGAAUUGCUCCCAACGAGCUUUCUUUCACGGAUCCUCAAGCAUGGGAAGACAUCUUCAUUCGGCAGCCUCCCGGCAUUGCCAAGACUAGCCACAGCCAUGCUCUGGCACCAGACAUGGCCUUCUACAAUCCAUUCGGGGAUUUGCCCCCGUCGGUGAUCAGUUCUGAUGAUGAGGCGCAUCACCAUCUUCGGAAGAAGCUGGUCCCUGGCUUUAGUGAUCGGGCAAUGAAGGAGCAAGAGCCUCUCAUUGGAAGCUAUGUCGAUCUUUUGAUACGAAGACUCCGGGAGAACAGCACUGAUGCCACGGGGAGACCUCAAAGUGUCAACAUGCGCGACUGGAUCGCCUACACCACCUUUGACAUCAUCGGCAACCUCACAUUUGGGGAAGAUUUUGGAUGUCUCGAAGGCAGUGGUUAUCAUCCAUGGAUCGCGCUUGUGCUGGGUAGCUUCAAAGGCCGUGUCAAGAUUCAGAUCUUCAAUGCUCUUGGCUUCCUAUGGUCUGCAAGGAUCAUGAGGUGGCUGGGCGGUAAAGCCCGCCAGAUGCAUUUUGAGCUAGUCUUGAGCAAAACGAAAAAAAGAAUCGGGAUGGGUACUAACCGAAGCGAUUUCAUGGACACGCUGAUAAAGGACGGUAUGAGCAUAGAUGGGCUCAAGAGGAAUGCGACAUUGCUGGUCAAUGCUGGCAGCGAGACCACUGCGACGCUGCUCACGGGAGCUGUUUUUCUUCUCGCAACGCACGAAGACGUGCUAAAGAAACUCGUUGCCGAAGUACGAGGCCGAUUCCAGCGGCCAGAAGACAUGACUCUCAGCAGCGUAGCCAGCCUGACUUAUAUGCUCGCUGUCUUGGACGAGGCUCUGCGAGUCUACCCACCCGAUGCAGUCUCCUCGCCGCGCCUGGUUCCUGCUGGAGGCCAUGAGAUUGCCGGGUCGUUUGUUCCCGGGGGCACCCGCGUCGGAAUCUGGCAAUGGGCCAUGUAUCGUGACGAACGGCUCUUCCUCGAGCCAUCUCGCUUCGAUCCUGACCGCUUCUACAACAAGGGAGACGAAAAGUCGAAAUAUGCCGGCGAUCGACUCGACGCUGUGAAUGCCUUCCUGCUCGGGCAAAGGAGCUGCAUCGGGAGGAACUUGGCUUAUGCUGAGAUGAGACUCAUCCUGGCAAGGUUAAUCUGGGAAUUCGAUAUGGAGAUUGAUCAAAAAAGCGAGAAUUGGAUGCACGGACAAGAGAAUUUUGAGCUGUGGGUAAAGCCAGACUUGAAUAUCCAUUUGAAAACGGUAGAUAGGGGGCAGUAA